UCGACUACGAGCCGAGUUCAGUCCACCGAUAGACAUUCGCGAGAACGGUUCGUAGCUGUCUGCGAUCGGGCUUCACGCUAGUGUUUGUCACAGUUGUGUCCUGUAAUUUGGGCUCUUCUUCUAUACCAUCUUCGACCAGUGUUACAUCCUUUUGCCUAGCUACGAGAUGGCGUUGCCGUAAUUGCAAAGAAUACUAAGAACGCAGCCCCACACUGUAGUUGGCCGAACGUUCGUAUCAAUUUCUAAAUAACGCACCCCAAAAAAUGAGUAACCGGUGCGGUACACCUACAAAGAAGAUGACGCACCUCAGUGCCGUACUGCUGGUAUGCAUCAUCGGUCACUACGCACUAGCGUACGAUCAGGAGUCCCGAAAACAGCCACACAUCGUCAUUUUCACGGCGGACGAUAUGGGCUGGCAUGAUGUUGGGUUCCAUGGUUCGAACCAGGUAGCGACACCGAACAUUGAUGCCCUCGCGUACGAUGGUAUCAUCCUAAAUCGGCACUACUCCGCACCGAUGUGUACACCGUCCCGGGCGGCCUUGAUGACGGGCAGACACCCGAUCAACGUUGGCAUGCAGCACUACGUGAUCGACAGCGAUGAACCGUGGGGUCUCGGGUUGGAUCAGCGCAUUAUGCCGGAAUACUUCCGUGAGGCUGGCUACCGAACGCACAUGAUUGGCAAGUGGCACCUUGGAUUCUUUACGGAGCAUUACACACCGACCAGCCGGGGGUUCGAUACACACAUCGGGUACCUGGGACCAUACGUGGACUAUUGGACCUACGUGUCCAAGAUGAAUAGCGGUACGUUCGAAGGGUACGAUAUGCGUCAAAAUCGGUACGUUAACUAUGCAGCCAACGGUACGUACGCGACGGAUUACUUCACAACAGCCGCUAAGGACAUUAUCGCCGAGCACGGGAAAAGCGAACAGCCGAUGCUACUGGUACUAAAUCAUCUAGCACCGCACGCAGGAAACGAUGACGAUCCGCUGCAAGCGCCACAGGAAACGAUCGAUCGUUUUGCGUACAUUGAAAACCACGAUCGUCGCACGUACGCAGCCAUGAUAUCGAAGCUGGACGACAGUGUUGGAGCGGUGUACGAAAGUUUGAAAGCCAACGGAAUGCUCGACAACUCGAUCAUUGUAUUUAUGAGCGAUAAUGGCGGUGUUACACGGGGGAUGCACAGCAAUACUGGCUCAAAUUAUCCGUUCCGGGGUCAAAAACACUCUCCUUGGGAAGGUGCCGUGCGUACUGCGGCUCUCAUCUGGAGUCCUUUACUGCAGGACACUCAGCGUGUAUCGAACCAAUGGUUCCACAUCUCCGACUGGCUACCAACGUUGGCAUCUGCCGCAGGGAUACCGGUGGGCAACAGUUCCUACAGCGAUAUCGAUGGAAUAGAUCAGUGGGAAGCACUAGCAUACGGCACUGGUAACCCAAGGCAAAAGCUGAUGAAUAAUCUGGAUGAAAUAUUUGGCUACACAAGUUACGUAGAAAACGGAUUCAAGUACAUCAAUGGAACCACCCAGGACGGUUUAAACGAUGAGUGGUACGGUGAGACAGAUCCGUUGGAUAAACUACCGGGAGAUGAUCAGUAUCUUAGUGCUGUGAUGUCCACCGGUAUUGCCCGUGCUGGCAAGCUGGAUGAAAAACUCAUCUCGUACCUUCGGCGGCACGCCAAAGUUAACUGUGGCAAUGCGAUUUCAAACAAACCUUGCAACCCGCUGAUAAAACCUUGCCUUUUCGACAUCAUAAACGAUCCGUGCGAGAUGCACGAUCUCGCGGACGAGCAUCCAAAGAAGCUGCGCGAAAUACGGCAACAUCUGGAGCACUAUCGAUUGCGGGCGGCACCACCACGUAAUCGGCCUCACGAUCCGGCAGCUGAUCCGACCAAAUUUGGUGGCGUUUGGAACUGGUGGCGGACCGAUCCGGCCAAGACAUCCAAACAGCACGACGAAAUACCGCCACCGUCCCACUCACUGUCGAAGGACACACAACUCUUUGUAAUUAUUCCGAUCGUAGUAGUUGGUAUUAUUUUCGUAAUUGGCACCUUACUCUAUCUUUCGAACAAAAAUAUCAUUAAACUGUGCCGUAGGAAAAAGCUAGAUUCCUCGACAACGCCCAGCGAGAUACCGACAGAUGCUUCGAGCCCGGAUGGUAAAGCGACGGCCGAUGCUGCCUUUAGCUCAAAAAUCUACGUCAUUAGCGAUAGGGACCUGGACAGGUAACGGCACGAAAUGGUAUUCGCACUUUGAAUCAAUCUUUCGCACGUGAUGAUUCAUCAGCGAUGAUCGGCAGCGCGUUUGCACGUGAUCCCAAGAACAGCUAAAUCCCUUGUAUCUCGUAAAUCUUAUUUUACUGUAAAAUUUGAAAUAAAACCCGAUUUGAAGACCCAUUAUGUUAA